AUGAAAAAGAUUUUCGGUCGAAAGAAAUUAAAAAAAUCGAAAUCUGAUCAACAUGAAAGAAUAGAUGAAAACUGCAUCAAUGGGACAACUACUCUUGCAACAAGUGGUACUUUCUGUCGUACAACCACUGGCUUCAAGCAAUCGAUAACUACCGAUGAAUGCUACAGUUGUUAUGACGCCACAUCAUCAUCAGUAGGAGAAGAACGCCAUUUUGACGAAGAGUUGGAUAAACACAUGAUGCAGACCAUUGCCGAUGUCAAAUAUGUCAAAAAGAUGCCCAAAUUUGUUGCCGUUGGUGAAGUGAAUUUUCAACGCGAAUGCUUGGAUGCACACAAUGCUGUGAGGGCACAGUAUGGAUGCCAACCAUUGAUAUGGUCUCAGGAAUUAUGUGAUCUGGCUCAUUCCUGGGCAGUUAAACUAGCUGAACGAGGACGGAUAUUAUUUCCGGAAUUGCAAGGGAUAGGCGAAAACAUACGGUUAACAAUAGUAGAAGAACAAACUCAUCUACCUUCUGGUGCCGAAAUUACUGAAAUUUGGGCCCGCGAAGCAAAGGAUUUCGAUUUCGAGAGACCUCGAUGGAAUCCCAAAACGCAACAUUUCACGCAAAUUGUUUGGAAGGAAACGUCUGAAAUGGGCAUCGCCCGACAGUGGAAUACCACCACUAAUUGCGUUGCUACCGUCGCAAUGUACCGUCCUUCCGGCAAUUCAAAUGCCCCAGGUGAAUUUCAAGUGAAUAUUCCUCCAAAAGUUCAUUUUGAUGAAAUCCCAGUAUUGCCCAAUACAGUAAUGCACGGCAUUUCAUGCGCAUUGCGACAUUCUACAACCAUUCAACAAGAAUCGGUGCUCCAAAAUUUGCCCUCUUCCAGUGAUAAGUCGUAG